AUGGAUCACCAAGAACUGUGGCCUUUUGGCCUCAGUGUUCUGGUCAUUGAUAACAACUACUCAAACUUGUCGUCCAUGGAAGAUUUACUUCUGAAGUGCAGUUACAAGGUUACAACCUAUAAGAAUGUCAGAGAAGCUAUGUCCUUCAUUUUGGACAAUCCGCAAAGAGUUGACCUCAUAAUCAGCGAUGUGUUCUUUCCUACUGAAGAUGGUUUGCUCAUUCUGCAAGAAGUAACAUCCAAGUUUGGCAUACCUACAGUGAUUAUGGCUUCAAGCAGAGACACAAGUACAGUGAUGAAAUAUGUCGCAAACGGCGCUUCCGAUUUCCUGCUAAAACCGGUGAGAAUCGAGGAGCUGAGCAACAUCUGGCAGCAUGUGUUCCGGAAGCAAAUGCGGGAGCUCAUCAACAAGAACAGCAAUCAUAUGGUAAUAACAGCUGGGAAUAAUCCUGAUGAACAGCACUAUCCUCCGCUGCUGACAGCAAUGGCGGCGUCUUCUGCUACUGAUCCAGCUACCACAAGAACGGCCAGUGAAGGCUCGACGCCACUAGAAAAUGAGGUCAGAGACGACGACAUGGAGCACAGCAAUGGCGAGAUCACAGACAUAAGAGGCCUCAGAGAGUGUAGGCUGAGCUGGACCGCGCAGCUGCAUCGUCAGUUCAUUGCAGCAGUGAAACACCUUGGAGAAGACAAGGCAGUUCCAAAGAAGAUACUGGGGAUAAUGAAUGUCAAACAUUUGACAAGAGAGCAAGUUGCCAGUCAUCUGCAGAAAUACAGGAUGCGCCAGAAGAAAUCGAUUCCAACAGCGAGCAGAUCGAAGUGCUUCGAUCAAGAUGGGUGCAUGGAAAUCACGGACUACUCGUUACCAAAAGAUGACCUCUCGAGUGGCUCAGAGUGUAUGCUCGAAGAACGGAAGGACUAUCCAUCUGAAGAUUUGCAAGAUCUGCAAUGGGAUUCAGACAAGCAGGAAUAUGGACCAUGCCUUUGGAAUUUCUAGGUAGAAUGCAUGGUCCCAUCAUGACUGAUGAGCUAAACAACAAUUUCUAUCUCGACUAGCUGAAUGCACACGUGUG